AUGCCUGAAAUGACUGCACAAACUCGGAGUAAUGAAUCCAUAAUUAAUACCCAAAAUGGAAACAAUAUUUCUGCGAAUAUUAACAACUUUAAUGGUGUUAAUCAACCUCUUAGACGCCUGUCCAUUAGUGAUCGAGACUUUGAUAACGUGCCCCAUAAUACAUACAAUACCACACAAACCAAUGGAACACCUAAUGUCAGAAUAAUACCCAUCACCACAAGUCCGCCCCGAGUGAUAAACAACUACCAAAUGAAUGGUAACACCAAUAGAGUGGCGCCAAUGCAUACGCCGGCAGUGGCACCGGUACCUGAAAAGGUCGGGUUUAACGGCAGUUAUAAUGGAGGGAUACGUAUGCCGUCAGAGAAACAAGAGUUUGAGGUGUUGUGGCAUCAGUUGAGCUAUAAUAUAAAGGGACGUCUGUUUUCCAAGCAAAGUAGGCGUACUAUACUUCAUCAUCUGAAUGGAUAUUUCCGGAGCAGUGAAGUGACUGCUAUUAUGGGUCCCAGCGGUGCCGGCAAAUCAACACUACUUGAGAUUAUUGCCGGUCGGCGCCGACAGGGAGUGGUGGGUGAGGUGCGUAUCCGAGGCGUGGAUGAGGUGAAGAUCGGAUUUGUACCACAAGACAACUAUCUGAUGGAGUUGUUGACCGUGAAGGAGACCCUCGUGUUUGCCUCCAAACUGAUCCACACAAAGCUGGACUCAAACGACCACAACGUAAUCGCCGAUAAAGUGAUCCAACGCUUCGGACUCGAGAAGAUCUCCGACACGAAAGCCAAGCGAUGCAGUGGUGGUCAACGCAAACGGCUGUCCAUCGCCCUCGAGAUCGUCUCCAAACCCAAUAUCCUAAUCCUGGACGAGCCCACCACCGGACUCGACAGCCCCUCCUGUACUCACGUACUGAAUAUUCUGCAAGAAUUGGCCGCUAAUAAGACCAGUCCCGUGGCUAUCAUCGCCACAAUACACCAGCCCUCUGUCAACCUAUUCAACAGCUUUCAUAGGAUCUAUGUGUUGACUAACAGAGGCAGGUGUAUAUACCAGGGUCCUCCCAGAAAUCUGGUGCCGACUUUGAAUCGUGUGGACAUUGUCUGCGAUCAGUUCACAUCGCCGGCCGACUAUAUCAUCGAAAUCGCUGCCAACGAUUACGGACCGAUACCCAUGAAAAAGAUGUGCGAAGUGGCUAUGAAUCAGGACCUGGAUCACUUGACCACAAUGGAUACCCGUCCACUUUCUUCCACUCUGAAGAUCUUUUCGUUCCCAUUUUGGAAGCACCUGAAGCUACUGUAUAUUCGGUCGCAGAUUGUCAUAUACAGAGACCCCUUCCUCACAAUCCUUCGUAUAAUUAUGAGUGUAUUCUCGGCGGUCAGUCUAUCCAUACUGUUUGGCCGUGAAAUUGGCAAAACCUCCGGAUGUCCGCCCCGUCCAAUAGAGCUGUACUCAACACCCGUCACCGUUUUGUCCAAGAAGUUUGAGACCGACUUGAAUAGCGUUAUGCAAAAUGUAUGCCUACUGUUCCUGGGAAUUAUGGUGGGAUUCCUGAGCGGACUCACACCUACUUUACUUAACUUUCCCAAAGAGAUGCAGGUCUUUCACAAGGAGUACCACAAUAGCUGGUACUCAUGUAUUACCUACUAUUUGGCGAAAGUUUUAUCAGACGUUCCGUUGCAGGUGAUAACGCCGUUGAUAUAUAUGGUGAUCACGUACUGGUACUCCAACCAACCCCACGAACCCAUCCGUUUCGGACUAUUGCUAUUCAUAUCAAUAAUAUUGAGUUUUUUGGCGCAAAGUAUAGGCGAGUGUACGUCAGCCAUCUAUAUGGACAACCAGAAUGCAGCCGUAUUUGCGGGCGGACUCAUACCCCUCCCGAUGAUACUGUUUGGCGGCUUUCUCGUGAAGGUCGAGCGAAUGCCUGUCUAUUUGCAACCCCUCUCAUGGCUAUCGUUCCUUCGGUUCGCCUUCGAGGCACUCAUGAUCAGCACCUAUGGUAUCAAUCGGUGUGAAUAUAAUUACCAGCAGUUCCUCCAGACUGUCAACCAGUCGGCCGUUACAAAGCCGUUGUGGGCCGAGUCGUUGCCCAUUCUCAUGGGUUAUGUCGACCAGAAACGUGGUGUCGAGUCCGUGGUCUACGAGACUGAGGAGGAGGAGGAAAAUGCCAACAUUGAGCGCCUGUACCGUGUGUUUGGCGGUGGGGUUAUGAAGGAGGGACAGGGG